AUGAUGCCAGACGCCAAUAUGGAGCCGACGUCCGCAAUCAUCUACCUUCCGGCGCAACGCAUCGCACCACAGUCAACAGAGCUCAUGGCGGCAGCGCGCCAUGGACAAAAAGUGCUGUUCUUCGUAGGGAACUUGGUGCUGGCAGUGGGCGGCAUACUGUUCCUGGUGUACAACGAGCGCAUAUUCGGGGCCCUGUUACCCGUCGCGAAGAAAUGGAGAGACGUGACGGCCGGAUGGUUGAUCCUCUGGGUCUUGAUCUUCAUCGUAUCAUUUCCGCCAUUGAUUGGUUAUUCGAGUCUACUCACCAUAGCCGGAUUUGUCUAUGGCUUUCCGAACGGUUGGUUCAUAGCCGCGACAGCAACCGUCGCCGGCAGCACAGCAUCCUUCCUCCUCUCGCGCACCCUCCUCAAAUCUAUGGUCCACCGACUCAUAGCCAAUGACACGCGCUUCGCUGCCCUCUCCCUCACCCUCAAACACGACGGCCUCAAACUCCUCGUCAUGUACCGACUAUGUCCGCUACCAUACUCCAUCUCCAACGGUGCCGUCGCAACCUUCCCCACCGUACACUGGGCAUCCUACGCUCUAGCCACAGCCAUAGUAUCACCGAAGCUGAUGCUUCACAUAUUCAUCGGAAGUCAACUCGAGAAGAUUGCCGAAAGUGGAGGCAAGAUGGACCCCAGCACAAAAGCUCUAUCCUACGUUUCCAUCUUCAUUGGUCUCGUUGCCGGCGUUACCACAGGCUGGCUUGUAUACCGCAAGACCAAGGCCCGCGCUGCGCAGCUAGAAGCUGAGGAGCGUGCGGGUAUCCGUCGCAUGAGUAUCGAGGACCUUGAACACGAAUACGCGGAUGAUCCGGGAGCGCUGGAAGCUGCCGAACGAUUACGCGAGGAAGAUGACGACAUCAGUCUCCGGACGACAUGGGACGAUGAAUACAGAGAUGAACCACCCGAGACGGGUGAUGCCGUGGAAAUCGGCGACGAUCCUUUCAAGGAUGGCGAUGCGAGUGACGGAGAGGAACGGGGACGCGGAAGGCAGAAGUAG